GGCAGAAAUAUAAAGGAGAUUUCUCUUUCUGCACAGGCAUCAAACAGCGAGACGCUGGCCGGGGGAGAGCUGGCAGCGGGCAACUGACAGGAAAGCCGUGGCACUGGGAAUGGUGGCACAAGAGCCGGUGAGUCAAGCCCCUGGCAUGGAGGAGAUACUGCCCACCCUGCUGUCCCCCCAGCCCCAUGUGGUUCUGCAGGCGGUGGAACAGAUAACAAGUGCGAUACAGACCAAUCGCAACGAGCUGGCGGAGACUCUGAUGAACGGAAAGAGAUGUAGGAAAUACAUGGAGACCCUGUGCCGCCUUCUGCACUCCUCUGAUAUCAGGCUGUGCAGUAACGUGGCGUACAUCCUGGGCACCGUGGCUGAAGACCAAGCUGUGGCCGUAACGUUGGUGGAACUGGCAGAGGCCUCGGAGGGCUGGGACAUGCUGGCGAGACUGGGAGCCAUGUUGCUGUGGGACGACACGGAAGCGGUGAUGAACUCUGCCGGAGCCUUGGGAACUCUGGCAGAGACAAGCAAUGGGCGCCACUGGCUCCUCUGCUCCCCCAAUUCGGACUUUAUCAUUGAGAAUAUUACGGCGCUGCUGAGCUCCCCCAAUGACUGGACAGCGAGUAACUGCGCCCUGGUGCUGGCGCGCAUCGCCAUGAGCCAAGAGGGCUGCUCCCGCCUCAUCGCUCACCCCCAAGCUGACAUCAUACUGAAGAGGCUCAUAUCAUCCCUGCGGGCAGAUGAAGCAGGGUGUGGCCUGAACGCGGCGUUUGCCCUGGGGCGUCUCUGCGAUACAGAUGUGGGGAGAACGCGGGUGCUGAGUCUGCCAGAGGCCAACGCCAUGGUGGCAGCUCUAGGGGAAAUGAUGUCGGCGGCGGAUGAGGGGGGCAGCCGUAACGCCUGCUUUGCCCUGACUUGCCUCGCCGCCGACCAAGCGGGGCACCAACACGUCCUACAGAGCCCACACUUCCCCCCCAUCCUGGAUACGCUGUGCUGCCUGCUGCAGUCUGAGGAGCAGGAAUCCUGCUGGUUUGCAGCCAUGACGGUGAAGGUUUUAUCCAGCCAGGCAAAGGGGGUUGUCCGACUGCGCCAGAACCAGCGGUUGGAGGCGGUGCUAAAGAAAGUAUCCGGCUCCCAUCACACAGGGAAGGAAGUGCUGGAAGAGGUGGAGCAGACAUUAAAGAACCUUCAGCGCCUCCCCCAUCCCGCUGCCCCCCAAGCAAAGCGCCUUGACUCCGGCUCGGUGUGGGUCAGCUGGGAGGGACACAGAGUAGAGAUUGGCUGCCCGGUUACAUACAGACUGUAUGAUGGUGAAAGGCUUCUGUACCGGGGCCCAUCCUGCUCCUUUCUAGCCCCUCAGGGCAAACCCGGCCAACAGUACCACCUGAAGGUUGUCAUGGAGACUGAAGUGGACCAGAGCCCAGACAGUCCUGUCACUGUGUUGUCGAUGGAAGAGCCACUACCCAGCAGCCCACGAAACUUCCAAGCCAUUGGCCGAACAUCCACACAGAUGAAACUGGGCUGGUCCCCUCCGGCAGACCGCGGUGCCACCAUAAAGUACUAUAUAGUGUAUCAGGGGGACGCGGUCAUUGAGACGACGCCGGAGCUAAGCUGCAUAGUCGGGGGCCUCUCCCCGGGCACCAAGUACAUGUUUAGUGUGUGUGCUUGCACCUCUACAGGGCACAGCCAAAAGGUCCCUUUGGUGGCCAAAACAAUGGACAACGGAGACCACGCUCCUGGCAAACUGAAUCUCUAUGUCAUUGGCCGGAGCGAGAUCUUCAUCACUUGGGAGGGUCCCAAAGCUCCUCUUGGCAGGUUCUUCAACUACGAGCUGUGCCUAAAUGGGAAAGCGGUCUACUUGGGCACGGAGCGCUCUUACACGGCCCGUCGCCUGGUUCCUAACAUGGAGUACACCUGCACCGUCUGCGCCAUCACCAGCGAAGGGCGAUUCGAGAGCCGGCCCAUCACCAAGCGCACUGCCAAAGAUGAAUAUGUAGGACUUAGCAGGUCCAAUGCCUACGGCAGCUUGGGAGCCGGCAAAACCAGCAGAACCAAAGACAAGAAGGUCAACACUUCAAAAUCCAGGAGAGAUUCCAUCCUCUCGUGGACUACAGAAUCCAGCGAUGGUGCAGAAGGUUCAACCAAGCCCGAAUCUCACGGUGACGUCACCAGUCCACGGCCACAGAAGAAGAUCCAACAGAACAAUAAGCGUGGCCCCGAGAGAACUGCCUCCAGUCAGGGGAAGAGAACCCAAGCCAAGGGAAAUGUCCGGCGCUCCCCUAAGCUGGCCAAACAGAGCCGGGCCAAAGGAUCAGAAAUGGUGGGUCAGGCUACGGCUUCGGCAGACAACAGGAAGUUGCAGAACGCGAUGGGCUUGCGUCCCGUACCCGUAGCUUCUCUUUGCAACUUGACCCCGGAGGACCUCCUGCUGCAGCGAGCCAAGACAGACAGCGCCCUCAUGUGGUGCCAAGGUCAGGGAAUGCAAGAGGAUCUGGGAGAGGCUAAUAAGGAUGGGGGCCCCAGGAAGCCAUUACAGCCCAUACGAGCAGAUCCGACGCUCAGAUUCAGACACAGGAACCAGGCGCCUAGAGCUUGGGACGGUACCGGGCCUCUGAAGGCUGGGGAAGGAACGUUGCCCAGAUCCGUCGCUCCAACUACCAACGAGGAAGACAAGGGUCGCCCAAAGCCGGAGUGUAAGGGCCUGAUGGGUAAAGACGCCCUGAUGUCACGAGUGGCGGGCUUACUGACCAACAGGCACCCAGCCUUCUCCCAGCUCUCUGGGGAAACGACCCAGCGGCACAACCUGGGGAGAAAACCAGUAACGUCAGUCAAGGGCUACAGGAUACGAGGGUCCCUCCCAGAAAAUAUUCAGAGGGGCACUUUGACUUUAGUAGGAUAUCCAGGAAUUGGCUUCCGCCCAGCACAAUCAGCUUAUACAGUAGGAAGCCAGUCCAACUCACUGUCCUAAAGCUAAAGGGGGGAGACCCUUUAAUGGACAAUAUCAAAGGAAAAUGAGGCUCAUCUAUGGACCACCUCAGAAAAAGUUAGCCCAAACUAUGGGCAAUAUCAGAAGAAAAUAGGUCCCACCAAUGGACAAUAUAAAAAAAAAAUGGGAUCCAUCUAUGGACAAUAUCAACGGAAAGUAGGACCCAUCUAUAGACCCUUUCUGAAGAAUAGUGGGACCCGUCUAUAGGCAAUUUCAGAAGAAAGAGGGACCCAUCUAUGUACAAUAUUAGUAGAAAGUGGGACCCAUCUAUGGACAAUAUCAACGGAAAAUGGGGCUCAUCUAUGGGUAAUAUCAGAAAAAGUAGUCCCCACCUAUAGGCAAUUUCAGAAGAAAGUGGGCCCCACCUAUGAACAUUAUCAGAAGAAAGUGGUACCUAACUAUGGACAAUAUCAAAAGAAGGUGGGCCUCACCAGUGGACAAUAUCAGAGUAAAGUGGGACCUAUCUAUGGACAAUAUUAGAAGAAACUGGGACCCACCAAUGGGCAAUAUGAAAAGAAAGUUGGACCCACCUAUGGGCAAUAUGAGAAGAAAGUUGGACCCACCUAUGGGCAAUAUCAGAGGAAAGUGGGACCCAUCUAUGGACAAUAUGAGAAGAAAGUUGGACCCACCUAUGGGCAAUAUAAGAAGAAAGUUGGACCCACCUAUGGGCAAUAUGAGAAGAAAGUUGGACCCACCUAUGGGCAAUAUGAGAAGAAAGUUGGACCCACUUAUGGGCAAUAUGAGAGGGAACUGGGAGCCACCUAUGGGCAAUAUGAGAAGAAAGUUGGACCCACCUAUGGGAAAUAUGAGAGGGAACUGGGAGCCACCUAUGGGCAAUAUGAGAAGGAACUGGGAGCCACCUAUGGGCAAUAUGAAAAUAAAGUUGGACCCACCUAUGGGCAAUAUGAGAAGGAACUGGGAGCCACCUAUGGGCAAUAUGAGAAGGAACUGGGAGCCCCCUAUGGGCAAUAUGAGAAGAAAGUUGGACCCACCUAUGGGCAAUAUGAGAGGGAACUGGGAGCCACCUAUGGGCAAUAUGAGAGGGAACUGGAGCCCCCUAUGGGCAAUAUGAGAAGAAAGUUGGACCCACCUAUGGGCAAUAUGAGAAGGAACUGGGAGCCCCCUAUGGGCAAUAUGAGAAGAAAGUUGGACCCACUUAUGGGCAAUAUGAGAGGGAACUGGGAGCCACCUAUGGGCAAUAUGAGAGGGAACUGGGAGCCCCCUAUGGGCAAUAUGAGAGGGAACUGGGAGCCCCCUAUGGGCAAUAUGAGAGGGAACUGGGAGCCCCCUAUGGGCAAUAUGAGAGGGAACUGGGAGCCCCCUAUGGGCAAUAUGAGAGGGAACUGGGAGCCCCCUAUGGGCAAUAUGAGAAGUAACUGGGAGCCACCUAUGGGCAAUAUGAGAAGGAACUGGGAGCCCCCUAUGGGCAAUAUGAGAAGGAACUGGGAGCCCCCUAUGGGCAAUAUGAGAGGGAACUGGGAGCCACCUAUGGGCAAUAUGAGAAGGAACUGGGAGCCACCUAUGGGCAAUAUGAGAAGGAACUGGGAGCCCCCUAUGGGCAAUAUGAGAGGGAACUGGGACCCACCUAUGGGCAAUAUGAGAAGGAACUGGGAGCCCCCUAUGGGCAAUAUGAGAGGGAACUGGGAGCCACCUAUGGGCAAUAUGAGAGGGAACUGGGAGCCCCCUACGGACAAGCAGUGCCCUGAGUGAACCCUUAGCAUCAUUACUCGGAGUUACUGUAACUGGAAACUUACACAAUGCCUGCAGUUUCUGAGCAAUAUCAAAUGAACAGACCAACAGCCAAUAGGGUGGCCUUAUAAUUAGCCAAACAAUACAGCGUUGCACCCACGGGGUGUCAUAUGUUGGGGAACUAAAGGCUAAAUGAGCUGGAAGCACUCACUGGCACUGCUACAUAUCAUUAUACCAACAAAAGGCCGAUCCACCCUGAGAGACCUCUCUGGGCUGGGGGUAAUUACACCGUGUUCCGACUCAGUAGAAGGUUCAUUCGAGUUGCGCAAAUGGCAUUUCCCGAACAGAUAAAUAAGAGUUAUAUAAAAGAUAUAAAACAUGUUUGUGUUUGUUGCCCCUGAAUAUAAUGUGUGCUAUGGUUAUGUCUGUUAUUGGGGAGUCUUUAUCCAGUGCGCACGUGACUGCCGCUACUUCCUGCUCUUCUUUCCAACUCCCCGAAAUCCAUUCAUUUCACAUCUUCAUUAUGACAAUAAACCUGAUGUACAGA